AUAAUAGAUUUGCAUGUGUUCAUAGAAAAUUAAAAUUUUUAAUCAUUUUGUUAUUUUUCUAUAAAAUUUCAAUAUAUCUAUAAGAUACAAUUUUACUUAAGGCACUAUUCAAAAUAUGUGUAAGAUGUAUAGUAUGAUUACAUUUGGAAAUACUAAUCAAUCAUAAUUCAUGUAAAGGUAAAAAAAAAAUAUUUUAAAAUUUACUAAACUGCAGUUUUUAUUAUAAUUAUAACGUAUUCAUGUAUUUUAAAAUUAUUAGUAUUAGUAUUAAUUUUCAGGCUAUUUUAUUAAAUAUAACUAAUGUAUCAGUUACGUAUUAUAUUAUUUACAAUUUAGUGAACAACUUUUGUUUUAAUCAAAACCCCCAAUAUUAUUUUUAAAAACUUCAUUUUCUUUUAAAAAUUAUAUUAAUAAUACUUAAACAUACAUACAUUUUAAACAUACAGAAUACAGUUGUCUUUAUUUAAUAUUUAAAUUUAAAUUUAGUUUAAUUAGUUUAAAUUUAUUUGUUUUAUAAUUUAAAAUUACCUACUUGUCAACAUGUUUAAAUUUGAUGGUAGAUAUUUUAUUGUAUACAAAUAAAUUAAGUACCUGUAAUAUAAGUAAAAAGUAUAAAUUAUAAACAGUUAAAAUUAUAAUAAUUUAUUAUCUUAGAAUUUAAUUAGUAAGAAAAAAACGUUUAAACUUCUUUUCAUUAUAUUACUAUUAUAUAAUCUAGCAUAAGUACUUAUUUAGUUUUUAAUGUAUAAAACAUAAUCAUAUAUGUAAAUAUUUAUUAAGUUUAAUAACUAUAUUUAAAGAUAACUUUAAUUUGUAUUACCUAUUAUUUAAGUAUUUUUAUAAAUUUUUUUUAAAUUGUUCAAAAAUUCAAUUGUCAUUUAUUUUGAUAGAUCAAUUUGUACUGUUUUGUUUUAGUUAUCUUUCUAGUCCACUAUGGAUGAACUUGAUAUAAGUGUAUCAAAAAUACUUUCAUCAUUCAACAUAGAAGCAGAUGCUGAAAUUGCUGCAAAGUUAUACAACUUUGAGUUCAUUAUUCCAGAUGAUAAUGUAAUAAACUCGUUGCAUAGUAUAAAUGGAGUUGGAUAUGAAAUUGAUGAAAAUAUUUAUUCACUGCCGAGUAUGUCUGUGAAUGGAUUAAAUGAGCGAAAAAACCAAAUUAUUAUAAGUCAUCAAAUACUUGCUAGUAAAUAUUAUGAUAGUCUGGUAUUUUCUAAAAGACUGCAAAAAAAGUUAUUAUUCUUGCAUCGCUUUUAUGAUGUUCUAUUUAAUAAAUACUAUACUCCUAAGGUAAUAUAAAACUAAAAAUAAUAUUACUAUUUUUUUGAUUAUAUUUAACCAGAUAUAUUUGUAUUAUUUAAAUUUUAAUAGGAUGGUACCCUUUUUAAAAUUUUUUUACCACCAAAUCCUAUUGAAGAAACUCCAAAACCAGUUGUUAAAUUAUCUGGGCAACAGGCAGUUAUACAGUUAACUGUAAAAACAGGGCUUACAAUGUUUUUUACAUUGUUGAAACAAAGUUGGGAAAAUAAAAAUGAAAAUGGUAAAUAAAAGAUAUGAUUAGUAUUGUAAUUGUUUGCUUAAAUUUAUACUUUUUUUCUAGAUAUAAAUAUGGGUUUAGAAGUUUUGAGUACUGCACUAACUUUGAUGAGAGAAUUAAGUCCACUUUCUUUAGGUAGUAAAGCAGAACUACCUCAAAUUGGUUUGGAUUGUUUAGAUAAUGUAAUGCAUUUUGUUAAAGAAUGUUUAACUUCUGAUUUUAUAAAGAAUAUGAGUGGUAAUAUUUAUUAUAUUCUAUAAAAUCGUCAUUAUUUUUAAAAAUAAUAAUUUUAAAUUUGUGUAGUCAAAGAACAACUGGCAGAACUUUCAUUAUUAUUGGCAUAUCAACGGGAAUCUCUCAUUUAUUUAUUGGAAUGGAUUGACAUGGCUUUAAAUAUUAAUGAUAUUUGUUUGUCGUUUGAAACACUGUAUAGAGUAUUAGAAGAAAUGUCAAAUAUACUGACUUUUGCUUUUGGAUCAGAUGACUUUGAAAAUUUUAAAAUUAAAAAUUUUAUUCCAUUAAAAGAUGUGGCACUGUUAUUGAUGAAAAAGGUAACAAUUUAUUUUUGUAUUUAAAUAAUGUACUAUGAUUUUAAGUUUUUUGUUUUUUUAAUAAUUUUAGCUUGUUAGUUUUGGAGAAACGUCCGUUGUUCGUACGCCUUUAAAUCAAAACUCUGGUGAACUACCACAGCCUAUAAGUGAAGUAUUUAUGUGGGGAAGUAAUUCUUCAAAUCAACAUGCUGAAGGAGCAACCGAAGUAACAGAUAUACCACGACUAGUUAGAUCUUUAUCUGAUGUACAACAAGUAGAAGCAGGCCAAUAUUGUACAUUUAUAAUAGAUACAAAAGGCCAUGUUAGUGCUUGUGGGAAAAAUAGUUAUGGCCGUUUAGGUCUAGGUAACUCAUCUAAUCAACCAGUCCCUAAAAGGAUUAAUAUUGAAUGUAAAAUUAAACAAGUAUCUUCAUCGAAAGGCUGUGAUGGUCAUUCAUUAGCCCUAAGUGAUACUGGAGAAGUUUUUAGCUGGGGGGAUGGUAGGUUUGGUCUAAUUUGUUAAUUUAUCAAACUAUUAUUUAAAAAUUAUUUUAUUUAGGUGAUUAUGGAAAAUUAGGACACGGAGAUGUAUCUACACAUAAAGAACCAAAAUUAAUUCAAGGACCUUUUAUUGGUAAAGUAGUCGAAUUAGUUAGUGCUGGUUACAGACAUAGUGCUGCAGUUACUAGUGAUGGGCAAUUAUAUACAUGGGGUGAAGGAGAUCAUGGUCGAUUAGGUAUUAUUACUUAAAGACAUUUUAUUUUAAUAUACUAUAAUUCCAGGAAAUUUAAACAUGUUUAAUAAGUACAAAUGUUUUGAAACAAUCCUAAAAUUCUUAAAUACUUACGUGUUAAUAACAUUAAAUGAUGUAAUAUUUUUAGGCCAUGGUGAUUGUAAUCCUAGACUUAUACCCACACUUGUUAAAAGUUUAUGUGAUAUGCCAGUUGGGUAUGUAGCUUGUGGCUCAACUCACACAUUGGCCUGUUCACGUGAUGGAAAUACUGUUUGGUCAUUUGGUUCUGGAGAUAAUGGAAAACUUGGUCAUGGUAAUACAUUAAGGUUGUAUAAACCACAAAAAAUUGAUGGGUUGCGAUAUUAUAAAAUAAAAAAAGUUGCUGCUGGAAUACAUUUUUCUGUUGCAUUAACUUGUACUGGUGAAGUAUGUAUUAUAUUAACUAAACAUAUAGUUUAUUGUGAUAGUGUAAUUAAUUUUAAUAACAUAUUAGGUAUUCACUUGGGGACAAGGGUCAAAUCUUGGAUGUGGUUCAUCAGAAAUUACACUCUAUUCUCCUGCAGUUGUUGAAGAUUUAAUGCAACAAAUGAUUAUUGAUAUAUCUGUAGGAGAUUCUCAUUGUUUGGCACUAACAAGAAAUUGUGUAGUAAGUAAAAUUUUAAAUAUUUUCAAAUUCAAUUAGGUUUAACUUUAUGAUAUAACUUUUUUAAUAUAAUAAUUAUUAGGUUUAUGCAUGGGGUUCUAAUGGAAAAGGCCAAUGUGGACAAGGUCAUUCAACAAGUCCAGUAAGUCGACCUAGCAAAGUAAUUCAUUUGGAUGGUAAACAAAUAAAUCAAAUUUCUGCUGGUACUUCUCAUAGUGUUGCUUGGACAACUUUACCACCAGAUAGGUAUUUUGAAAAUACAUUAAAUAAAAAAUAAUGGAAUUUUUAAAAAAAUUUUCAUUCAUUUAAAUAUUCUAAGAAGUUUAAAAUGUUUAAAUUAAAGGUCCGUAUUACAUGCGUAAUUUGUGAAUUUUAGUACUUAACAUGUCCAUGUAUUGAUGUAUAAGUUAAAAACUACGUGUAUAAAAUGAAUGAUUAGUUAAUUGCCCAGCUGUCCAUUCUAUACUUGUUUUUAAAAUGCACGUUUUGUUUUUAUUACUUGAAUUAAUACCCAUGUUAAAUACACACUUUCCGUGUACACUAUGUUGGGCUUGACAUUUUUUUCACAUGUAUAUCUUUAUGGUUUAUUUUUACAGAUAUAAUAAUGCCAUAGAAUCUUAUUUAAAAAAAUCCAGUUUCUGAGUGACAAUUUUAGGUGAAUAACGUCAUUUAUAUGUUUUUUUUUUUUUUUACUGUUUAAAUCUUCGCUGAACAAAAAAAUGACAUAAUGAUAAGUUAUCAAAAUUAAGUAAGAAACUAAUAAUUUUCCUUAGUUGAAAAGAAGAAAGUCAAUUAUGCUAAAUUUUUGAGCAAUAAAACGUAAAAUAUAUUUAAUGUUGAUAGAUCAUCAGAUCAUCACUACUUCAAAAUAAAAUGAUAUUAAUGAACUAUCUUACUUUAAUUUGUAAAAAAACAAAAAAUUAAAUAAAUAUGGACAAAAAAAGUUAAAAAUAGGUAACUUAUUUAAUAAAAAAUAAUAAUAUUUUAUUUGUUUUAUUUUAUUAUCAAUAUUUUAUGACAAUACUAUUUAUUAUAAUAAUUUAUGCCAUUAUUGGGUUCACUAUCAUAAACUUUUAUUUAAUAUUUAGUAGUACUUAUAAGUAUAGUACCAUUUUAUAAUGAACCUCCUGUUAAAUUUUCAAAUAUCACAUAGUAUCUACUAAAAAUAAAUAUUUUGUAAAAAACUAUCAAAAUAAUGUCAAAAUGUCUAUAAAUAGCUCAAAAAUGACUAAUGUUUUUGAAAUUUUUCUAUGUCUAGAAAAGGCUAAUAUAAAUUUCCUGUACAAAUUUUAAGUCUACAAAUAUUUUUAACUGAAUUAGUACACAAAAACAAAAUUAUUAUUUUUGUAAAUUUGUUGGUUCUUUCAGUGUGUUUUUUUUCAGUUUUGCUCAAUUAUGAAAAAAACUACAUAUAAAAUCAAAAAAUUACUUUCUUUUUUAUUAAUAAGAUUAAAAAUUUAACAACAAUGAUUUCUUGUCAUUUUUUUAUUGGAGCAAUAUUUCUGGGAGAAAACAAAGCGUAGAAAUUUAAAAUAAUGAAAUAUUAACAUUGUAAAUUUAUCAGUUUUUAUUUUUUAACUUUGGUUUUUCCCAUUUAUUUGGGAUAAUUUAUUCUAUUUCAUUUCAAUUUAUUCUAUUUUUAUUCUAUUUCAUUUUAUGUUCAGUGGUAAUUUAAAAUGUAAAAAAAAAUGAUUACAAAUUGCAUUGUUCACUUAAAAUCAUUAUUCACAUACUGCAUUUUUAUUUUUUAUUUUUUUGAUAUAAGAUUUUAUGGUAUUGUUACAUCAGUAUAAAUAAACUAUGAAUGUAAUAUGCGCUCACAAAAAAAAAGAAAUUGUUGGUGUAUACCCAAAUAGUGUAGUGUAUACAUCUAAAAUUGUUGCCUUUAAUUUAAAUUUUCCUUAAAUCUUCUUUAGCUUUGCCUUCAUAUUAAGUAUUUAGGUCAGGCCACCUUCAUCCUAAAGUUCUACUUGCCCUGAUCUCUCAUUCAUGCUCUUAUACACUGGCCGUCCUCAUAUCAUUCUCAAUCGCAUCUUACCACCUUCUCAGUCUUCCUAUGUUUAUUUUCAUUAUCAUUCUUAUUGCUUUUGCUUUCUUUCUUCAUGAAAUGCCCAAACCACUUCAGUCUAUUUUCUCUCAUUUUGUUUACUAUCCAAAGCCAUACAAUGAAUACCUCUUAUGUGCUCGUUCCUUAUCCUAUCAUUUCUCCACUCCAUCAACCUAAGCAUUCUCAUCUCCAUUACACUUUUUUUUCUUACUAUUCAUCAUUCAACAUUCCGAUUGAUAUAACAUAAUUUGUCUCACCACAUUCUUGUAGAAUUUACCUUUAAAGGCUGAUUCACAUUUGUGUAGCACGACAGGACAGACAUGCACUUUUUUUAUAAUCUUUUUCUAAAUUUUCAUGCUAUGACAUAAAUUAUUUUCCUCUAUAAUUUCCACAUUCUUAUAAUUCCCUUGUAUUUCACCCUUGCUUUUAAAUAUUGGAAAAAAUUAUUUUUAAUUAUUUUUCUUUUCUUCUGGUAAUUUUCAUUUUACUAGAAAUGUAUUAAAAAGAUCUUUUAAUCAGCCUAUGCUGAUCUCCCCAAACAUUUUUCACACUUCCACUGGUACUCCAUCUGGAUUUACUUCUUUUUUUUUUGUAUUAUUAUUCUUAUAGUCUACCACACUUUCUUCUUUUUAACUAAACCUUCCAAACUUUAAUUCCACAAAGCACUCAGUAAGAAAAUAGUUUCUAGUUGAUGUAUAAUAUAAGAUCUCAAUUCAGUAAUUUUUUAGAAAACUCCUAUCUCCUUUUCUCAUCUUCAUAAUUAACUAACAACCUUUUAUCUUCACUUUUUAUUAAACUAUACUUAAAAGAUAAAUAUAUUUAACUUUGAUUAAUUAUUUUAUGAUUUAUAAUUAGGAAAACAAAUGUUUGGCACAGUCCUUUUUGUAUUGACUUGAAUGAAAGUACAUUUAAAUGGUUAAGGCAGUGUAUUGAGAAAUAUUGUGAACAAAUUGAAUCACAUCAAUAUACACCAAAUGAGUAUGCAUAUUUUCCAAUCUAAAUUCUAUAGUAUUUAAUAUUUACAUAUAAUAUAUUAAUAUAUUUAUUUGUGUGUUUAGUAUUAAUGAAGAAAUGCUAAUAUUGAGUUUAAAUAUGCUUACUAAUCAUUUGUUUUUUGCCCGUGUUUCUGGUCAUCAUUUUUCUGGCAAUGAAACUAGUCAACUGCGUACACUCCUUUUAAAGUAAAUAUUAUAAAAUUUAUGACUACAAGUUAGGGAAUUAAAUUUGAUUUUAUGUUUAGACUUGUAGAUCUGCAAGUAAAAGAAGUAGUAGAAAGAAGUUUAAUGAAAUGUUUAUCUACUGGUGCAUCACUUCUUUUACCCCCAUUGAAUGGCCGUCUUGCUAUUCUUAAAUCUCUUUUGGCCCAAGAUACAAAUUUAACUAAAGGACAAGUAAUUUUAUACAACUAUAUAUAUUAUAUAUUAUUAAACUGCAAUAUGUUUGUAUUAAUUUUUUUUUAUUUUAGAAAAUGCUCUUGGAUAUUACAGUUUCUAGUUUAAAUGAAAAUAGGCAUGUUAGUUCAUUAUUUCGAAUGAGCAAAAAAGAUUCAUAUGAAAUUAGAUACUUAGCUAUUGAAGAAGUUAUGAAAUUACUACUAAAGCAUUUAACAAAUAGUAUUGUAAGUAAAAUUAUGAAGGUCUAUAAUAUUCUUGAAUUGAUAAAUUUAUAACCAAGUUUUUUUAUCUUUAAUAUAAGUUUAGUUAAGUGCUGUCAAAAUUACUAUUUGAUUUUUUUAAUCAGUCUAUAGUUCUAUAUCAGUAAUAGUUAAUUGGUUCAAUCAAAUUCUAAAUAUUAGAAUAAAUUAAAACUUUUACAAAUCAAUUUCAAAUUAUGUUUUUUAUAAAUAAUAAACUAACUUUAAUAGUUCAUCUCUUCAUUAGAACCAAUAAAGUAUUAGUUUUAUUUUUAAGAAACAUUUUUGUGAUAGUAAAAAAUAUUAAAAUUUUCAAAAAGUUUCAUUAGUAACUUUUAUAUGUAUGGACACAUAUGUGACUAAAUUUUUUUUUCAAUCUCCUGAAAAAUAAAUUGAAUAUUAAAACAGUAAUUCUUAGCUCCAUUUAACUGAUUUGAAAUAUAUUUAUUACCUGUAUUUUUAAGUAAUCUCCAUAAUUUGUUACAAUGAUUUUUAAAUGUAGCUAAUUAUAAAGCUGUGUAUUAAUUCAAUAUUUUUUCAGAUUACUAUGUUGGAGUCAAAUAAUUAUUCUUCAUUAAAAAAAGGAAACAAGUUAGAUGUAACGCUUACAUCACUUUAUAAAAUAUUAUUAUCACAUUUGUUGGCAUAUAACAUAAAAACAAACAAUUUCAAUGAUAAUGUAAAUAUAAAAAAAAAAAAUAUACAAAUAAUAAAAAAAAUGUUUUUGUUAAUAAUAUCUUAUUUCAUACCUUUAUACUUGCAUAAUAAAAAUGUCCAAAUAAUACCAUAAAUAGUUUAGAAACUACUUAAAACAUAAUUCUUGAUUAAAGUUAAAAUUAAGAAAAAUAUUUAAUCAUUUAGUAUAACUUAUUCUAUAAGACAAUUUAUGGCAAUUCAUAAGAUUUGAAUAAUGUUAUAUUUGUGUUAUUGAAAAAUUUUUUUCAGAUGAUUUUGUAGCAAAUAAUUUCAUAAAUUUUAAUUUCUAUUUUAGAACAUAUUUUAGUCAAGUCAAUCUUUAUACCAACUCAAAUAUAAAAUAGGGUUAAAGUUAAUUUUUUUAUACAACAAUGUUAUUAUUAAUGAAAAUAUUUUUUUGAAGUUUUAAUAUAUAAUUGUAUUAAAAUAUUUAAUAUUAAUUAUUUAUGUAUUAGUUUUGCCCUUGUAUGAUCCGCCUUUUUGUUAAUCAUUUGGAAACAUAUUUAUUAUUCGCUAAUAAGAUAUUUACAAUGGCUAUAACUUCACAUAAUUAUGAAAAUCAUAUUUUUUUUAAUGGUAAUAAUUUUAAAUAAAAUAAAAUUGUUUAUAGUACAUUUGUACUAAAAAUAUGUUUAUUUAAUUAAUGUAUUUUUUUUUUUCUAGCUGUUUUAUCUUCUUCUGUAGUUGGAGAAACAUUGAUUAAUACAAUUAAUUCAUUGACAUUUGUCCAGAGUGAAAACAUUCAAUCUAUUAUAACAUCUUUAAUAAAUACAGUUCAAUCACUUCAUUUAUUUAUCCGAAAAAUGUCUACUAUUGGUAUGAUGAAUAUUUAUUUAUGUUUUUGAAGUAUAGUUUGAGUUAGUAAAAAUAUUUAGAUCCUGAUAAGUUGAAUGAGUCUGUAUGGUUUAUUGAAUUGGAAUCAGCAUUUUGUUUAUUAAUUGGUCGUUUAAUAAGCUAUGGAAUAAUAACUUCACCAUUAUGUCAAUAUGAAGUGGCUACUGUGAAGUGGUUAAAAAGCAGAUUAUUUUCUUCAGGCAUUGAAAAAUUAGAUGAUAAAAGUAUAUUUGGUAAGAAUAAAAAAUUAAUUUUUAAUAAAAUUAAUAAUUAUGUAUUUAUAUUCUAUUACACAGUGUCAUUAUUAAGCUAUACAAAUUCUCCAAAGUUAAAAAGUUCGUAACUAUAUUAAUUCUACUGCUGAUUCUUUUGCAGGCAUUUAAUAAUCUUUAAGAGUUUUUGUCUUCACAUGAUCUCUUUCCACUUCACCCUGUCCUGAACUACUGUCCUCCACUCCUGUACUCCUACUUCCCUGAAGUCUUUUUCUACUAUAUCUAUCCAACUUUUCUAGGUUGGCCCGAGGUUUCUUCCUAGUAGGUUUCCAUUUUAGCACUGCUAGCAUAGUAUGUCCCUUAAUUUUGUGUAUUCUGUGACCCAGUCUAUAUUUGCUGUGGACUGGCACAAUUUCCAUUUUUCUUGGAAGUUCUCGAUUAACUUUCUACUCCACUCCACUUUUCUGACAAUAUUUUGCUCUUAUUUUCAAACGUUUUUAAGUCUUUUUUGUGUAACACUAGUGGUCAUCUAACCUUCAAUUCUGUAGGUGAGUUUGAGUGCUAUCACUAUGUAAAGCCUUUCUUUUUUUUUUUUUUUUAAAUUCUGAUUUGUAACAUUUGCUCAUUGCUCUUUCAGAUUUUAGAUUCUGAGUGGAACGAAGAAGCUUAUGGUUUUAUAAAGAUGUUUAUUUUUUUUUUUUAUCUCAGCAUUGCACAAUUUUUCUAUGAGAAUUCUUGUUCCAAUUUUUAAGUUAUUUCCUUUUUUGGAAGGAAAUCAGUGAAGGGAGGUGCGUUAGGGAGGUAAUUUUUCGAUUUUGUCAGGAGUUAACUAAACAAAUGUGAAUACCCGAAAAGAAAAACUAAUUAAUUAUUUUACUAUAAUAUGACAUAUAUGUUGUUGACAAAACCUCACUAUCAACUGAAUUAACUUUUCGUUAGCAAUAGUUUAUCGUUGCUUACAGGUAUACAUUAAAUUACCUAUAGCAGUGGCUGCACCUGUCCCCAUUAUUUUUUGUUAUUUUUACUCCAAUCUCUCAUGUCCAAUCAUUCUUGAUGCUUAAUAUGGCUCCUAAAUACUUAAAUUAAUUUAUUUUUACAAAGAUUAAUAAAUUAUAUAAAUUAUUAUUAAUCGGCUGUAUAAUAUUAAUAUUGUAUAAUCAAUAGUUCUACUAAUCUACAACUAUUUAAAUUAGUAAACUUGGUGAAUUAUGUUAAAUUUGUGUAUUUUUUUGCUUUUUUACUUUAGAAGACAUAGAAGAACGGUUAAAAAAAAUAUCAAUAACGGGUUUCAGUAUAGUAGAACACGAAUUGCAUUUUAUACCUUUACCAUACUUAAGCUUAUUAAAAUAUAUAUUAUGUGAUUAUAAUCAAAAUGAAGAUAAUAUACUAUUAACUGUUUGCAAGAAUUUUAUGGAGAAAUUUGAAUUGUUUUUAAAUGACAAUAAAUUUGAUAUGAUGACACGUUUGACAUUACCAUUGUUUUAUGUAACUUUAUUAAAAAUUGAUGGAAGACCUCUUAAAGAGUUUGUAUAUUUUAUUAGUACAUAAUAAAAAUAAUGUUUGAAUAUAAGAUACUCAUUAGUUAACAAUACUAUUGUAGAUAAAUAUUUUCCACCACAAACAUGUUUACUGAAUUUUCCCACUGAAAAUUAAAUUAAAGAGUUAUUCUAAACAAACAAUUUUUCCUAUUUAUUAUGUGGCUAAAUAUAGUUACAUAACUAUUUGUUUAACACUCAAAUUGUAGUAUAAUAAAAUUGCAAUACCAUAAAAUAUGAAUUGCGAGUACUUAAAUUACCGAAAGGCAAUAAAUUGUAAUGGUUUCAAUUAGUAAACUUUAGAAUACCAAAAACAGAUUUGUAAUUUUAAUAAUAAAUAAAUGAAUAAACAUCAAAAAAAAAAUGGUUAUUUAUGGUAGAUAUAGUAAAACACAUUAUGUUUUGUAGACUGUAUGCCAUGUGUAAAAAUGUACGGUAUACUGUAUGCAACAAGAAUCCCUGAAGUUUCUAUAAUUUUUCAGUAUGAGAAAAUAAAAAUGAUAAAAUUUUAUGUAACAUAAACUUUGAAAUUAAAAUGUUUAAUAUUCCAACUAAUGAGUAUCUUAUAUUACAAAUAUCAUCUUCUAUAUUUUUUUGUUAACUACUUAAUAUAUAUUUAUUUUUUUUGCAGUUUUAUGUUUAAUAAAAAACUUGUUUCAUUUAUUAAUGAGAUGUGCAUAAAUAUGUAUUUUUCUCUUGUUAAUCGUAAUGAAAAAUCUACCAUAGUAUCUGAAAAUAGUGAGUAUUUUAUUUUAAUAAAAAAUUAUUAGUUUAAUAUAUUAAUAUUUAAUAAUUUUCAAAAUUCAGUAGGAGAUGAGUACCAGUGUAUAAAUAUUUGUAGUAAAUGCUGUUUCCUAUUAACUGCUGUUUGUGGAAUGCACAGUGAUCCAUUAUUACCUAAUAAACAUCUUUUAAAAGAGUAAGCAUAAUCAUAGUAGUAUAGCAUUAUACUAGUAUAUAUUUAUUCCUAACUUACCCCAUGAUAGAAUAAUAUUAUAACUUUAAAUGCAGUUAAAAAUGUAUUAUAGUUGUACUCUGGGCAUAUUUUAAAUUUUCCCUGCUGCUUUAAUUAAUGAGUAGGUUUUAGUUAAAGAGGAACAUCAUCUGUUAAGAAAUUCAGUUUUUUUUGUUUCUAAAAAAAUAAUAAUUUAUUUAAAUAAUAUUACAUGGAUUUAAUUUAUACAAAGAAUUUAAAAUAAAUCUGAUUUAUACAUAUAAAAUAAAGUAUAUUUCUACUUUUUAAGGUUAAAUGUUUGAAAACAGAGAAUUUUGGAGUAAAAAUGUAAAUACUUUUUAAUAACAAAAGAUGAACAUUUUUAAAAUUCAUUGAAAUCAAUACUCUACAGUAUGUUGAUUAAUCAUACAUUUUAUUAUUAAUUAAUGAUAGUUUACUUGGGUCUCUAAUUUAUUUGAUUGUAUAUUGUAGAUUAUUGUAUUUUUAAAUAAUCACUAAUUAAUAGCUUUUAAAUCUAAUGGAAAUUAGUUAAAUUUAGAAUUUUUAAUUUUAUUAAAUAUUGUAUAAUUAAACAAGAAUAUAUUUUUAAUUAUUAAUUUAAGAUUUCAACAAAUUGUGUUAUUUAAUAAAUUUUAAAUAAACAAAUUAGCAUCGAAGUCAACAAAAAAGUUUAAUCCUAAAACCUGUAAAAAGUUAGAUUAUAUAACAUCACUAAUAAUAAAGAACAAUUUUUUAUAAAAGUUCUAAAAAAUAUUUAUACAAAUUAUAAUGUUCUAUUUUACAUAACACUGUUUGUUGCUUCAAUUUUUCUGUAUAAAUUUGUAUUGUUGAUUUAUAAGUUUAUAACUAAAUGUGUGUUUGUUAUUAUCGAAUGAAUAAUAAUAAUAUUGAAUGAACUUUUGAUUUGUUCAAUAUUUUUAAAGUUUUUUUUCUUGAGAUAAUUACUGCUCUUGCUCUAUGAUUCCUUUGUUUUAUAUAUUUUUAAAAUUAAAGAUACCAUUUUAUUAUAUAAGACUUACAACAUUGAUACAACAUCGUGGUGUUAUAAAUUUUGACUAAAGUUUGAAGUUCAUGAUAAUGUACAUUUUUUUCAUUGUCUCUACUAAAUAAUAUCAAUCAAUUUACUAAUUUUUCAUUGAAAUCAUUCAUAAUUAUAAAUAAUUUGCAAGCAAAUAUUUGUAACACCAACAUUUUGUUUAAACAAAUAUUUAUAAAAUAUCAGUCUUGGUUUUGUUUUUAAAUUUUUAUUUUUAGUUUUUAAAAAUAUAAAAUAAAAAAAUUAUAGUACAAGACUUUAAAAAUUAUUACCAGAAAAAGAACUUAAUUUCAAGUUCUGAUCUUUGUGUUACAUCUGUGUAUUAAAAAUACAGAUACUAUAUCUGAGUGAUUUUAAAUAAUUAUUUAACACAUGAGUCAAUAGUAAUUUGUAUUAUUAUAUUUAUUUUUUCUAGUGAUUUAACUUCUGCUAAUAAAUAUGUAUUAGAAUCAGUAUUAGAAUUUGUAUUAGAUUCUAAAAUAGCCACUAAUCCAUAUGCAUUGAUUCAAGCAUCAGAAGUUGAAGAAAUCAGAGCUCAUGUAUGUAAAAUUAAUUAAUAUUUUACAAAAAAUAUUUAUAAAUUUAAGAAAUUUGACUUCUCUUCAUGUAUUUAUAUUUUUUAAUUAUAUAUUUUAUGUAUAUUAGGAUCGCUUAGCAGCUUUUAAUCGUAUUACUAAAAUGUUAAAAAUUAUUGAUUUUGUAAAAAAUUCAUCUGAUCACAUUUCAUUAAAACAUACGUGUAUGGUAAGUAAAUGAACUACCUUUAGUAUUUAUUAAGUUAUUGUAUUAUACAUUUAUUGUAAACAAUUAAUUUUAAUAUUCAUUUAAGGUAUUUGAUGCAUUUGUUUGUGGUAUUUUGGGUGUUUAUGAAACUCAAGUAUUUGCACAUCAUACUAUUAUUCAUUACUACUCCGCUAUGAAUACAGUCCCUAGAUCGAUUAAAAGACAAAUUCAAAGUGCUGUUCUCAACAUCUACAAACAUUUUGAAAUAUAUUUAAGAUUAAAUGUUGCAACAUCGGAAUUAUUUUCUAUUCAAAUAUGUAUACUUUCAUUACUCAAUAUAAAUUUUACAUCAUCAGAUUUUGAGUAUUUAUUGUCAAAUAAUUUACCCGAAAUGUUAGUAAGCAAUUGUAAGCUUCACGUUCCAUUUAUGUCAACUGAUAGAUAUUCAUUGGUAAUAGUCAAAAUGACUAGUAAUAUUUUGUAUAUUUUGGCUGUUUCUGGAUGGUAUGUAAUUGUUUUUAUUAAUUUAGGUAUCUAAUAUCCAUAUGUAUAAUAAUAUUAAUAUAUUAUGUUUUAUAGUAAUGAAAAUUCUAGUUUUGAAAAUAUCAAAGCAGUUUUUGCCAACAUACAUAAUCUUUUAGAAAUAUUAAUGAAUACUAGACAAUGUUCUAUUAUGGAAAAUACUUUUUCUGAGACUUCUAAUAAUAUAUUAAUUGAAGGGUAAAUUACAUAUUUUUAAACUGUGUUUCUCUUUAAACUUAUUAAUAAAUAAUGCUAAUUUCAGGGUUAACUCUCAAGAUUCAUAUCCAGUUCAAAGCUACAUAUGUGAUUUAUUAUCUUUUGUUUUACAAUGUACAUCAUUUUCUCCUAUGUGCAUUAGUUCUCAUCAAUGGAUUGAAACUCUUUUACAACUGGCACAAUGUUCUAAUACCAUGUUAUUAGCGGAACAUUUUCGUUGUAAACUCUUAAUUUUGAGAUUAUUACGCCAAACAUUGCCUUAUUUACAAUCAUCUAAUACUGGACGUAAAAAAGUAUGUAAUUAAAUAUUUUAAAAAUAACUUACCUUUUAAUUUAUUUAACAUCUUUUGAGAUUAUACUCUACUGUUUUCCUCCUAUUAAUUUUUGAAUCCACUAAUUUUACAUUUUUUUCCUAUUAGAUCUUUUUUAAUUAUUGUUUUUAUCAUGGCAUAAUUUUUUAAUUGUAAUGAUAUGUUUGUUAACCUUACUACUAAGUCAAAUAUUUAGAUUAGUAUAAUUUUAAAAACGUAAGUAUCUUUUCAAUUUUGAAAUUUUACUUUCUAAUAUACUAUCAAUAACUUAUGAAGUUAGAAUAUAAAUUGAAAUAAAUAACAGAUUAAGUGUCAAAAAAUGAAAAAUUGAGUUAAGCUCAGAAUUGUGGUCCAUGUGACAAGCCUAAUAAUACGUUAUGUGCCUUGAUUAAUGCUAAUAAGUAAACAAUUAUCGGAUAGAUAGUGUGUGUAAUAUUUACCAAGGUUUUAUAUUGAAAUAAUGUGCUAAGUGUGAAUAUAUAUACUCUAUGAAUUCUUUAAAUUUUAAAAUGUUUUUGGCUCGGAAUUAAAAAAAGACAAGCAAAUCUAUAAAUUGGAAGCUCCAGUACACAUGCAAAGUCUUCAAAAAAAGUAUGAAAAUCAACACAAUAAAAGAGAUAAUUUUACCUUCCCUAGUGUGUUUGAUUAAAUUGUUUGUUGAAAAUAAAAACAAUCUUUAACAAAUGCUACCAUUUCUAAAAGAUGAAAAUAAAGUUUUUCAAAUAAUUAAUCAAAUAACAUUAAUUAUCAAUUUGUAUUUUAAAUUUAAUUUAUCUAUUAAAAGUUAAAUUUUAUACUGUUAUUAAAAAUAUGUAAAUGUUUAUAUAUAUAUAUAUAGAUAUUAGGGUGUUAACCUAACCACAAGAGUAGGGAAGUUAAUAAAUUGCCUAUCUAUAACAUUUCCCUAAUCUGGUCUAAACUUUAAACUGUUAUCUCAUAAAUGGUAAAUAUGAUAUAUAAUAAUAAUAUAACCGUAUGAUAUUAUUAUUAUUAUUAUUUAUAUUUUAAUAUAUUAAUACUAAUAUCAAUUAGUGCAUAUCAAAAUUUCUAGAAAAAAUAUUCUCUAUUCAAAUCUGUGUUCAAAAGGUGGGGGUUCCUAUUCGAAAAUCAAAAGUAUGUACUUAUUUCAUUUAUAUGAAGCUAAAAUAGCUAAAAGCACAGCUAAAAUAUUAAAAAUAGUUUUAAAAUAAAGCUUAAAUGAUUCCAUAAUGAUUAGAAAAACAAAAAUCAAAUGGACUAAAAAAAUUGACUCUGAAAAUAUUGGUGGUUCAUCAUAAAAUAAAACACCCUGUAUAUAGUGUGUCCCACCAGCGGAUAUUUCUAGUGCUGUUAAUAUUAAAUUUUUUUUAUUUUUUUCAAUCAGUUUGUCUUUGAGAGGGACAUCGAUUUAGAGAAAAAUUCAAUUUUUAUUUUCAUCCCCUAAAGACAAUAAAAAAAUAACUUUAUUUAUUUACUUUAGGCAAUUUUCAAAAUAGUCAUUUUGGAAAAAAUAUUAUUCAACAAAUUUUAAUGUAUUGCGCAUUCAUAUCCAAUGAAUAAUUUCUUAGUUUUAACCGUUUAAUUAGGUGUAAAAUCAAUUAAUAUUCAAUUAAAUAACACAUUAUGCGAUUAGGAAUUACAACUGUGCUGGUAAUUCUUUACCUUCUCUUGAAUACUAAUUGUUUUCACGCCUAUUUUCUAGAAAUUAAAACGGCUAUAAUAAAGAAACUAUUUAUCGGAUACAAAUGUAUGAUGCCUAACAAUUUUUAGAAUAAUAUUAUUUACAAAAUGGCUAUUUUGAAAAUUUUCUAAAGUGAAUAAAAAAAAGUUAUUUUUUUUUGUGUUUAGGGUUGAAAAAUAAAAAAAUUAUAUUUUUCCAAAUUAAUAUCUCCUUCGAAGAUAAACUGAUUAAAAAACAAAUUUCAAAAAAAAUUAAUAUUAACAGCGGUAGAAAAAUAGUGGGAUACACUGUACAAAAAUACACAAUUUAUUAAUUUGUAUGGGGUUAAUUGAAUUAAUCAACAUUUAAAUAAGUUUCAUUUUCAUAAUAGAUAUUCAAAAUUAUCAAAAAUAUUAAAUUUGUAUUCCUUUGGUGAUUUAACACAUUCUAACAAUUUUCUGAUGUGAUUUUUUUGUUUUGGCAAGGGGAGAGAGAAAUGAUCCUUUUUUGAUGGUAGUUGAUAAGCAUAAAGUAUUUGAGACUUACAUUUUUAUCAACAUUUAUUUUUUACAAUUUUCAUCAGAUUUUAAAAAUAUUGAAUAACUAAAAAUCUACUUUUUCCGCUAAGCCUAUUAUCGAUUUCAAAUUUUCAUUUACAUUAAUUAUCCAUCAUAUUUUUCAAGCUAUUGGUUAUAUGUGUAAUAAUUUAAUUGUUGAGUAUGAUAUUAAUAAAAGUUAUUUUUCUAUUUACACUAUAUAUACUUUAUUUUUACUAUUUAAAAUAUUUAUUAUUUAUUAACAAUAUCUAUUGUACUUGUUUAAAUGUUUAUUUGAUAUAUUAUUAUUAAUGUUAUUUUAGAUUGUAAAAACACUAUUUGAACAAUUGGCUACAAAUAUGUGGGUAAUUCCACAACAAGUUGAAAAUGUAAGUGCAUAUUUGAAACAAGAAGAAUUAGAUAAACAAAUGGGUAACAUAUGUUUAAACAGUAAGUAAAAAUUUAUUCUAACAAAAAUUAUAAAAAUAUUGUUGAAAUGUACAUUUUUGUCUAGAUUCAAAUGAUAAUAUAAAUAAUCAUAAUAGCGAUAUUGGUGAAUUACCAUUUUCAUUUCAUGAAGAAAAGAGUUUUAAUUGUAUAAUAGAAAAUGGUCAUACAGCUAUUCAUACCCAUGGUGGAAGAGCGUAUGCUCUUGGAACUAGUCACUUUGAAAUUGGUAUAUUGAUAAUUUUAUUGGUAUUAAAAUUAAUAUUUUGUUGUUUCUUGAUAAAAAUCAUUAAUGGCGAUCUGGCAAUUAUUUUUAUUUUAUAUAGCGUAAUCAAGUGUAUUCAAUAAUUUUAAUUCAUUGGACAAUGGGAAUUCAAAAUUAAUUUUUCACUCUAAAUAACAUGUUUUUUAAUAAUUUCAUGUUAACUUAUAAAAUGUUUAUAGUAUUUCUUGAACAAAAACUUUUUGUCGUUAAUGAUUUUUAGCAAAAAGUCAACAAUUUAUUAUUUAAUAUUUUUAUUCACUAACAUUAUAAAGUAGUAUAGAGUAUCAAUGCAAUAUUAAGAUAUAUUAUCACUUUGUGAAAUUAUUUUUGCUGUCUGUUUAUACUUUACUUCUUAGAUCAUAUGAUCUUAGUUCUACCUAUUCACUCUAAUCAUCUGUGUAAACCUGAUCAUUUUACCGUUGAUCAUUAUCCAAUUAUCGUAUCAUAGUGAAAACUAUAGUAAAAGGUUAAAAAACAAUAAUAUUUCGUGUAACUUAUUUCUUUUUUUAUGCCAUAUCUUGUUUUCCAAUCAAAUAUAUUAAGCAAAUAUGUAAUACAAUGCCAUACCCAGGGAUGACCCCCACUUUGAAAGUUUUUUCAAACAAAGAAAAAUGAAAACUACUAUAUUCGAUAAAAAAAAAAGUGAAGAGGCAGUGCUGUCUCUAUCUUACAAAUGUACAUACCAAAUUUGAAUCCAGCUGAGACAACUUUGUGUUGUUGGUUUUAACAUUAGUGUGAACUGACCUAUUAAGCAUAAAAAAAAUUAUGUAUCCAACAUUGGCAAUUUCAUUUUAAAUUCUGAAUGGAGCGAAGAAGCUUAUGGUUUUACAAAGAUUUAUUAUAUUUUUUUUUUUGUGGAUAACUUUUGUACCGACAAUUUUAGUCUGAUUUACAAUGGAAGCCAACAAUGUUUUUUUAGGGUGGUAAUUUUUGAUUUUCUCUGGAGUUUUCACAGUGAAUGGGAUAAACACGGGAAACCAGAAAAAACAUAGGAAAAAUGGUAAAAUAAUAAUAAUAACGGGUACAAUAUUAAAUAAAUAUUAUUAAAGAAAUUAUAUAAUAUUUAUGCAAUUAUUUUACUAUAAUAUGGCAUAUAUAUUGUUGUUAAAGCAAUACUAUUAACUGAACGUACUAUUCAGAAUCUUUUUUUCAUUAGCAAUGGUUUAUCGUUGCUUACAGAUAUACAAAUAUUAAAUUUCCCCUCUACUAACUUCCCAACUUCUCAUCUACAACAGUGGCUGUAUCCACGUGUGAAGUUGUCCAGCUUUUUAUUCAUAUAUUUGUAAGGAAUAUGUAAGAUUAAUAAUAAUAAUAUUUCCCCCUCUUUUUUUUUUAAUUCAUAGAACACAUAUUUUAUUCUUGGCUAUUUAUUAUUACUGGUUUAAAAACUAAUAAUAAGAAUAAUUUGUUUUAUAUUAAUUUCAAUGAAAUUAUUAUUUUGUGGUCUUGUUUAUAAUAAAUAUAUAUAAAUAAUAAUAUGUAAUAAUCAAAACUAUAAUAUUUUUAUUUGAAAAAAAAAAAAAUUUAAUAAUGAAAUAAUUUUAUUAGAUUUCAAAAUAUUUCUAUUUUUUGAUAGUUUUGGUUUUAGGUCAAAUAUUAGAUUCCAAGCGUAAUGAGGGAGUUAUUUGUUUUACCAAGAUGUUUAUUAUUAUUUUUUUUUUAUUCUAUUCUGUGGACACGUUUUUGGCAAACUUGGUAAUCUCGUCCUGAACAAAGGUGAUCAUCAUAUCUCGGUGGAUAAUGUUGCUUUUGUCAUACCAGUAAGCUACGACAAUGGUACAGAGAGCGAUGUUCUGGCAACGUUGUAUAAUCUCAAUAUUAAACUUUCUGGCACAAUCCCACAGUUGAAUUUCUUAAAUCCAUAUUGGUUUAAUUAUCAUUACGUACAUGAAGCAUUUGCUUAUAAGGUCUAGUUCGGAAUGUUUUCCAACCAGACAAUAUAGUUGUCGUAUUUUCUUCUUAAUUUGCAGUUUUUUCUGUCUAACGUGGUGCUUCCAGUUGAGCCUAGAGUCCAGGUGCAUUCCUAGAUAUUUUUCUGACUCACACUGUGGGAUGCUCUGUUGAUCUAGUAAUACCGGUUUAUAGACGGUUUUACGCAAGGUGUAAUUUACGUGCACCAAUUUUUCACUGUUAAUUUUAAUCUUCCAAUGUAUAACCCUGAAUUGACGUUCAGUCAGGUAGGAUUCGAAAAGUGCGCACCAGGUGUGUGGCAGCUGUUCAGUAGUUUUAUAAGUAAUCUUUUGCCAAACUUUAUCGAAAGCUUGUGCCACGUCAAGGAAUACUCCGCAGCAAUACUUUUUCUCUUCAAGCACUUUGCUUAUUACGUUGGUGACGCGAUGGUCAAUUGUUGAAUCUUUAUUUCGAAAUCCCAACUGAUGAUCCGGUAAAAGCUGUAUUUCUUCUAUAAACGGUUUUAAGCGUUUUAGAAGUAGUGUUUCGAAUAAUUUUGAGAUGCUUGGAAGAAACGAAGUUGGUCUAUAUGAAGUUACUUGUUCUGGUGGUUUUCUUGGUUUAAGUACCGUGAUCACUUGGGCUCGUUUCCAUUGUUUAGGAACGUAUUCCAUACGUAGGAUGGCAUUGAAUAUGUGUGUUAGAUGAAUCAUAGCUUUUUUAGAUAACUCUUUCAGGAUUUUUGGGUUAAUCUGAUCGUACUCGGGUGCCUUUUUUGGGUUGAUAUUCAUAUCAAUUUCUUUUGCGAUUUCAACUAGAGUAAAGUGCUUUAUCUUAUCACGUGUUUCAUUUAGUGGUUGACACUGAGGUAUGUCGAGUUCGGAAACCACUUUGUUUGGUUGAAAUACACGUUCUAAAUGACGUGCGUGCAUAUCUGCUUUAUCUUGUUCACAGCGUACCCAUGAUCCAUCUUCCAUUCGGAUAGGUGGUACAUAGGCUCUAGGACUCUUCAUGCGUUUUGUAGCCUCCCAUAAUGAAUAAUCAGUGUUAUUCGUUGCAAAAAGUUCACUUAAGUAUGAUUUGAACGUUUCGUUUUUUACUUUUUUAAUUUUGUCAUGUAAAUGCUUACUAGUGCGAUUCCAGACUGUUUUAUCCGAAGAAUCUCUCGUUCGGUGCCGUUUUUUCCGUGCCGUUCGUUUGUUUUUUACUAGUUCCCUAACUUCCAUUGGGUAGAUAAUCUCACGAUUAUCACCUGUUGGUGUUAUGAGUGUUGCCGCUUUCGCCGGUUUUACGAUGUUAUUAGUCAGUUGUUCAACAGUACUAUCAAUUUCAAUAAGUGUUUUUAGUCUUACUGUGAGGGUUAAGGUCUCGUCUAGAUACGUUCUAAACAGAUCCCAAUCUGUUUUCUUGUUGAUUAGCAACAUCUUUCGUUGUUUAUGUAUAACAUUAGAACUUAACGUGAGAAGCACUGGUAUGUGAUCUGACGUUAAUUUUGUAAGUUCUAAUAUUUCGAUAUAAUUAGAAGAUAUACCUUUCAUAAUAAAGAAGUCAAGUAAGUCAGGAAUCUUGUUCGGAUUAGGGGGCCAAUACGUUGGCUUGUAGUGAUGAUUUCAGCAUUGUUGUUGUUUGCAACUUUUAACAAGGCUCGUCCUUUUGGGGUGAUCAGCCUCGAUUCCCAGUGAGUAUGCUUGGCAUUAUAAUCACCUCCAACAAUAAAUCUAAAACCCAACGUAUAGAAAAAUUUAGCGAACUUAAGUUCAUUUGCACCUUCUUACGGUGGGCAAUAAAUUGCAGCAACGGUGAGAUCGUUAUUCCCGUCAUUAACGCUGACGCUUGUCGUUUGUAUACGAGGGCUAAUCAAAAAGUAUCAAGACUGGUAGUAUCAUUCGGAAAAGGAGCAUCGAAGAGCAGUAGGAUUGGUAUCACUUGCUUCUAUGACUUUUUCUGAGUACAUUUGUUUUUAUUGCUUCUCUAUAAAAUUCUUCGGUUUGAUUUCACUGAUAUUUUUAUAAAAUAUAUUUUUCGAGUUUGGCGGUUUCGUAAUAAAUCUAAAAGAAGAGUAACUUGACAGAUUUGUAGAUUUUAGAAAAUUUGUCUGCAUUUUUUUCCAGNUUCAGAGGGAUGCAACAUUUCAUGGUUUUUGCCAUUAAAUAUCAAUUGAAAAACUGAAAAUGUGCCCUCGAGUGGCAGCGAGUUCCGCUUCUUUUGGAUUCAUUACGAAAUCGCCAAACGUGAAAAACAAAUUUUAGAAAAAUAUCGUCAAAUCAAAAUGAAGAAGUUUAUAGAGAUUUUAUACGAAUAGAUGUGCUCAGUAUAAGUCAUAGAAGCUAGGUUUACAAAUCGUUUUGCUCUUCAACGCUCGGUUUCCGAGUAAUAUUAUCAGUCUCGAUACUUUUUGAUUAGCCCUCGUAUGAUUUACAGAGUAUUUUUCGAGUUCAUAGUGCUGUAUGGAUUCUUUUAUUAUUACAGCAGUACCACCCCGAGCUCUACCACUAGGAUGAAUUGUCGUAUACCUUCUGUAAUUCCUUAUCUUAAAAAACGUUGUGAAGUGAAUUUCCGAAAAAAGGAUUAUGUCAAUGUUUUUACUGUGUAAAAAGACUUCAAGUUCUUGUCUGCGCUGUACUUACCCAUUGGCGUUUCAUGCAAUGAUCCGCAGUAUACUGUUCAAUUCUUUAUUUUCUGCGAGGUAUUUUUGGAAUUGUGUGGUUUAUUUCCAGUUUUCCCAUUAUUGCUGUGAUAUUUGCUAGUAUCUGCGUUACGUUGGUUAACGCGACUAGAAUAUCAUUAAGAGUAAUCGAUUCUUCGUUUCCCUUUGGUUGAGAUGUUUUUGGAUUGACUUUUGAAGUGCUAGCCAUCUGCGCGUAUGAAACAUUUGCUGUGACAGGUUUCUGUUGUAUUCUUUGCACAGCAGAGACUUGUUUUGGGUGUGCUCUUUCUAUUGCAUUCUUGUAAGCUGAGAAACCCUUCCAGCUGUGUGAUUUUUAACACAGUUUGCACAUUUUGCUUUUAUCUUUUUAGAUUUUGAACAAUCUUCGGUUCUGUGAUCUUUAAAACUUUUCACGCAUACAGCCGAUUUAUGACAGUAAUUUUGUGUGUGUCCGAGAGCUUGGCAGUUCUUACACUACGGUACUUCUUGUUUUUUUACGUGGUGGUUCUAUUUUUAUUACUUGAUGACAUAGUAGUUUUAUGUUGUAAAUGUCUUUAUUAUUCUCCCGUAGUUUUAAAUCUACAAAGAAUAAUGGUAGCCUUAUGCUCGUAUAUCCACUUGCUGUUUUUGUUUUAGGAUCAGAUUUUUUCUUGAUCUAUAUAUUGGUUAUUUUGCUUACUUCGUGGCCUUGGUCAUACAGUUCAUUGGUAAUUAUUCCCUUAUUGGAAUCAUGAUUUAUACCUCGUAAUACUACUCGAAAUAGUUUUUCACUUUUUAAUUAGUACCGAUGGUAUUCAACUUUGUUUUCUUCUAAUAUUUUUAUUGUAUUUCUGAAUUGACUUUCGUUAGUUGUUAAGAUUCUCGUCUCGUCAUUUGAUAGGACUUUGAAUUGUUGUUCGUUUCUUACCGGUUCUUCUUACGUUAAUAAUUGUUUUAAUUUAUCAAAUUGUUUAACACCUUUGAUAGUUAUUGAUGGGGGUUUAUAUAUUUUUUGAGUAUUAUCAUUAGUCGAAGUUUUGUUACUAUUUUGCUUAACUUUUGAAAUUACGUUAACAUCUUUUGAAACCUAUAUGUUAGAAAUAGGGGUCGUUUUUUCUAAGUUGUUAUCUAUUUUUAUACUUAAUUGUGACGAUUUAGCUGCCAGUACCAAUUUACUAAUUUUUGACCUGCUUGUAAUUCUGCUACUUGGCGGCGGAGUUGUUCGUUGGCGUGUUUUGAUUAGGUUUAAGUAUUUUGCAUUUCUGCAUAAGUCGGCAGAUCUGGUUGCAUAGGUCCGUCCAUGGCUGUGCGCGUCACGUGACGGUGGGAACCACUGGUACGUCGUUGCACGAGCGUAUGGCCUACUUAAUAUUAUUAUGUAGACACUUACCAAUUUCCGAUGAGCGUGGUAAGCAUUUUGAUGUUAUUAAAUUACUGAAAGAAAAAACAACGCGAAUGACGGCACUUGAAAGAGAGAACAUACUUGUUGCUCGUUCAGUAAACAAAUCGCGACUUAUUCUUACAAUAUCAUCGCCAAAACUUUUGAGCUUUUAAAGAGUUUUAAUUUGUUGAGUUUUUUUUGCUGUAAUUCCGUUAUAAAUACACGUAGAUUCUUAAAACUUGGAAAUAAUACUUAUAUUGGACUUCCUAGACGUAGUAAAAUUUCCAAAAUCAUCGGACUACUUUUUUUGAAUAAGCCUUUUGAAAUCUAAUUUAAAUGAAAAUUGUAAAAAAAAUUACGACACUUCAAAUUAUGUAUUACUGAACUGCUCUCGGAAUCGUCUUUUGUCAAACAAUGGUUUAUUGUUGGUUAUAGGUGUAAAUUAAAUAACCUUAUUUAUCUUACCUUCCCAACUUCUUACUUACAAUAGUGGCUCCUCCCAUCUCUAGUAUCAACUCUUUUUCUAUUUAUAAGAUUCUAAAUUUUUUUUUAAUUCUGUAAUUUUUGACCAUUAAAUACCUAAACAUUUUAUUAAUAAUACUAUUUAUUUGUAGUGUAUACUUUAUUUACAUAUUGCUUAUAACUUUAUUUUUAUAAAAUGAUUAUAGAAAAUGUAUUAUUGAUCUUAAAUAAUUAAAAUAUAUUUUAUGCAUCAUGUAUGUUAAACAAAAUAUAGACAAUUUCAAAUAUUGUUUUAUUAUAUAAAAAAAAAAUAAAACUGAUAUGUCUAUUUAAUUUUUAUGAUAUAUUUUUUAAUUUAUAAAAACCUUUUUAAUAUUAUUUUAGGUGUAUAUCAAUGGAAAUUUGUAAUUUUAAAAGAACACAUAGGCAAUGAAGGUUCAUGUAUUGGUAUAUCAAGAUAUCCCAUUAAAGAUCAAAACUACAGGACCACUACAGAUAUGUGGCUAUACCGAACCUAUAAGUACAUAUUCUAGUUUUAUAAAACUUUAAUUUUUAAUAUACUUAAACAUCAAUAUACAUAUAAAAAUAUGAUUUAAAAUAUAAAAUAUUAUUUCAGUGGUAAUUUGUAUCAUGCUGGUCAGAAAUCACUUGUACUUAAAACAUUUACUCAAGGAGACUGUAUUACAGCAAUUUUUGAUGCAGAUUCAAGAACACUUAGUUUUGCUAAGAACAAUGAUUAUCCAGUUUUAGCAUUUCAAAAUAUAGAUAACAAAACAAAACUUUAUCCUUGUAUAUUGUGUUACAGUACUGCUGCUGGACAAAAAGUACAAUUAAUAAACUCUUAUAGUAAUCAGAAAGUUUUAUUAAUAAUUAUUUUAUUACUUUAGAUUAAAAUUAGUGAUUAUAGAGCUGUACGAAAUAAAAACACUGAGCUUGUUGCUGGAGAACCUUAUCUAGCUCCCAUGUUCACAUGUAUUACUGAAGAUUAUAUUACAUUAAUUCGAAUAUUACAUAAUUCUGAUCAGUGGUUAAAUGAGGUAAAUUAGUUACUAUAAAUAUAACUAAAUAAGGGUUUCAGAAUUUCUUUAUAUACAGUUUAAUUUUCCAUAAAAUACUUAUUUUUUGAAAAAAUAAUUCCUGUCAAAACUUUUUGAAAUUAUGUAUUAGAAAAUGUUGCAUUGCCUUUAUUUUGUUGAAAUUUUGUUUAGAGGGUGAAAAACCACUACACAUUUUUGAUAUUAAAAUAGCAACCUAUAUUGAAAAUUUGAUAUAUAGAUGGAAGUUUAAUUUAUUUUUUAUUUAUUUAAUUUUAGUGUUAAAAUUUAUAAUUUCUGUUUAUGAGGUAUUUUACUUUAAAGUUUAGGUAUGGGAGAGUAGUGUAUCAUAAUUUGUGUUAAAAAACUGCUCCACUAUUCUCUUACAACUUAAACUUUAAAGUGAAAUAUCUCGCAACAAUGAAAAUAAAAAUAGUUAAGAAGUUGGCAUCUUUAAGCAAUGAUAAACCUAUUAAAGUUAAAUUUAACAUUGUUAACGAAAAAAUGAUUCUGAGGGGAGUUCGGUUGAUAGUGUUGCUUUGUCAACAAUAUAUAUUAUAUUAUAUUAUGGUAAAAUAAUGAAAUAUGCAUUAUUUUCCUUUUUGUUUUUCCUGUUUUUCCUAUUUAUUGGGAAAACUCCUGGGAAAAAUGAUCUCCCUAAAGUACCUCUCUAGUCAAAUUUCUUUUUUAAAAAAGUUCUAUUAUUGUAAACAGAAGCAAAAUUCUUGGUAAAAAAGUUGUCUACAGAAAAAAAUUAAUUAAAAUCAUUGUAAAACCAAUACAUUCCUCGAUCCACUCAGAAUCUAAAGUUCAACAACAAAAUGUAUUUAAAUUAAAAUACAUCUGUUUAUGAAAUUGUAUGUAUAAGUUGUGUUAUUUGAAAAUCAAAGGGAAUAGUAAUUUUUCACCUCAAAAUAUAAGGUUGAACAAAAUAAGAACAAGGUAACAUUUUAGAAUAUAUAAUUACAAAAAUUUUUUGGAUGGUAAUUUCUUUAAAGAAUAAGUAUUUCAUUGACAAUUUAACUAUAAUAUAAAAUUAUGAAAACCCUGAACUUAUUUUUAUUUUUAUUAUUAACAUAUUUUUUUUUAAUUGAAAAUAUGUUUCUAAUUGAAUUAUUCUACUCAAAUUUGGUAAUUAGUAUUUAAAUUUGAAGCUUUUUAAUUGACUCCAAGUAACUUAAUUUAAGUUCUGUGUGACAUGGUUUGUUUUCAUUCAUUAGUUUGUCUAAUUUAUUAGAUAAAGAGUUAAGAUAGAGAGAGAGUAUAAUAUACAAUUGUAAUAAUCCCCCCCCCCUUCUUACGAAGUAUAAUUUAUUUAGUAUAGUUUAUGUUUUAUUAAUUAAAAUAUAUCAUAAAUCAAUAGGUGAAUGCAUGUUUGAUAGAACAACUUUCGUUUUUAAAAGAAGUUCUUCCUGAUGUAAAUUUCAAAGAACGAAUAUUAGAAAUAUCUGGUUCUAUAUACAAAGAACCAAUCUGUGAAAAUAUUGAAGAAAUUGAUGUAAAUUUACUUUGUGAAAAAGUAUGGCCUGCAUUAGCUGUAAUUGGAGGUCUUGAUCGAGGUCUAAGAGUUGAUGGAAAAUGUUAUUACUCAGACCAAAAAUCAUUUGGAACCAUAUUGGGAACUUUAAAAAAAGGUUUUACCACAGCAAAAGUAAUGUGGGAGGAUACUGAUUUUGUCAGGUUAUAUAUUUUUAAAAUUUUUUUUUUAUUAUAAUGUCUAAGUAGAGCAGAUUAUUAUGUAUACUACUAAACCUAUAAAUAUAUAAGGCUUGAUUCAAAAUGCAUGUUACAGCUAUUUUAUCAUGUAAAUAUUCAAAAGAAUAAAAAAUAUAUAAUACAAUAGUUGUUCGUUAUAAACAUCUAAAUAAUUUGUAAUUUUUUUUUUACUGGUUUCUUUUUCUGGGAAGAGGGGGAAUGUCAACUAUUGAAAUUCAAAUGAAAAUCUGUAUUCAAAAGUUGACCCACAACCCCCCCUCCCCCCCCCCCAAAAAAAAAAAAGAAAAACAGUUAAAAAAAAUUACAAUUUUUUUUCAAAUGAUAUUAUUGCAAUAAUAUUAUUUAAAUAUUAAAUAAUAAAUUAAAUGUUUAUUUAUUUAUUAUAGUGAUACAUUAUUUCAAGCGUUAUUGCCCUGUAAUAAUAUAAAAUUUAAUCCUUGUCGGUUGGAACCAUUGCCACCACUACUAUUAUAUUCAAUUGGACGCUUGAGUGGCAUUACAAAUGAAGUAUGAUAGAAAUUCAAUAAAUUUCAUUCUUAAUUAUUUUAAAUUAAUAUAAUUUUAGUUACCGGUUCUGAAUAGUACUCAAAUAAAUAAAAAAUCCGACUGUCACGAAGAAUGUACUACUAAAUCAUUGGAUGUUUUAUCUAGCCAAAUGGUUAUGAAUAUUAUGGAUCAAAUAUCAGAAAUCAACAUCGAUCCAUCAUCAAGUAAUAAUCAAAAUUUAGGAGUAAACAUUACAGUCAAGUAUGUAUGAAUUGAUUUUUUCCAUGUUUUAAUUCUAUUAUAUUUAAUAAUAUAAUUUUUAGGGACACUUAUAGUGUUGCUCUAGCUCACGAAACCAAGCUUUUCAAAGUGUGUGCAUUACAGUCCAAUGCAUUAAAAUCUCUAGAAGUUAUUAUGACUAGCUCAGUGUGUAUUGACGUAUUAGUUAAUCUAAAAUCUUCAAAGUCAAAACAGUCAAAUGAUGCUAAUAAAAAUUCAGUGAUAAGUGAUACCAAAAGAAACCGUAAUAAUGUAAAGGAUUAUAAUAGUAUGAAUGAAAUUUUGAUAUUUCUUUUCAAGUAAGUAAUAUCUUGUUUAAAUUUUACAUUUUAAUAUAUAUAUUGUAUAAUAUGUUUCUGGCAUAAGAACAUUUUGGUAUUAUAUAUUAUAAUUUGUAAUUAUUUAGUUUUUAAAAUACCUAAAAUAUUUAAAGAAAAUAUAAUUGUUUUCUAGUUAUUAUAUGUGUAACGGGUCCAACAUAGGAAUAUAACUUUAAUGAGAAAAUGAAUAAAUAAAUUGAAACUCCAACUCAAGUUUACAAAUUAUUAAUAUUUCACUCAAAAAUAUUACAAGUCCAAUAAAUAAUUCUUCACAGUUAAACUAUGUCUAGUAAUACAAUUCAAAACAUCAAAAAUAUUCUAAGUCCAAAUAAUUCACAAAUAAAGUCCAAAUAACAAAUAUUAGAGUGACAAAAAAAUAACUCGAAUUUGAUUGUGAUGGACUCAUCUGUUUAUAUGAUGAUUUAGAUGGAGUUAUAUAUGCUAAUUCCGUGCCCCCGUAACCCGUUGUUCAUAGUGGCUGAAAUCUAUAUUUUGUUGCUGCUGUUGGAUUCUGGUGACAGCCAUAAUCAAUAAUUAUACAUGUUAUUUUAAUAUACAUAUAUUAUAAUUUAGGUCUGCUCAUAUAUUAAUUUUUUUUGCACGUAUUAAAAUUAGAAUACGGCCGGUGUGGGUCUGUGUGCUAUAACUAUAUUUCGGUACUGUACAUUUUGCAGGGCUACUGCGUCAGGUGGUUAUUUGGUUUUGUGUGUAGUGACUAUUACUGUAUACAGCUCACAUGUGCCCCUUGCAGGUGGCACAUGUGAGCACGUUAUAUGUGUAUUGUAUCUUUGGUCACAAGAAAGGUCUUGAGUCAAAUUUUUUUUUUUUCUAAAUUGUAUUGCCAUUUAAUUUAGGGUUCUGUAUUGUUUAUAAUUGUUUCAUAUAGUUUCAAUAAAAAAAAAAUAAGGUUCUGCAACUAUAUGUUAAUAUAAAUAUCAUUUAUAUUAUUGUGAUAUUGUGAUAUUACAGAUAUAUCGAUAUCGCAAAAUUUUAGUUUUUCAUAAACAAAUAUGAACUAAUAAUAUUAGUAUCACUACAUGAUAUCUGUACUAUAUGGUUAUUCAAAUAAAUAAAACAAAAUCUAAAUAAUAAGUUAUGUUACACUAUUAUACAUUUUUGAACCUAAUUUAAUUUUUUUACUUUGUUUAAAAUCAUUAAGGGGAUUGGGAAUCAGUGAUUUUCUGUCUUUGUCUUACACACAUGCAACACAGGAAUUUAGAAUUUUUCUAUUUCCACUGUAUCAAUUAGUCUAGUUGAAUAAUUCAAAUUUUGAAAACAUUUGAAUUUGUCAUCAUAUCUAAUUGAAAUCGACUUUCUCACUUUUUAAUUUAUCCCCCUAAAUUCUAAAAAGAACAAUACCAAAAAAAAAAAAAAAUAAUAAUAAUUAAAAAAGUCGAAGAUUUUUUUACUUUUGGAAAAAUUAAAAUCAAAUAAGUAGGAAAGUCUAAAGUAAGUCUAAAAUAGACUUAACGACAAAUUCAAAUCAAAGAUAUACAAAGAUAGAAAAUUACAGCUUCCGAUAAUUAUUAUUAUGAUUUAUAUUUUUAGUGUAAAAAAUAAAAAUAACACUAUAAGCUAUAAACUAAUUUUCAUAAUAUGUUUUAUGUUAUAGAUGUGCUUUUGAGAAAAGUUUAUAUUCUAAAUAUUUGGUUAUUGAAGCUGAUGUAAUUGAAUGUGAAAGAGUAUUAUCUAUACUUUAUAACAAUUAUCUCAAAGAAUGUGCUGAUAAUAAAUAUAAAAUUCCAGAUUUGCAAAAUCGUUUAAAAACUUUAAUAAGUUUUCAAGAAAGUACUAAUGUGAAACGAAGAGAAUCUGUAAAUAAAUAUUAAAAAUUCAUAUUAACCAAUAGAAUUAAAAUUGAUGUUAACAAUAAUUUUUAGAUUUCUGGGGAAACAUCUAGAACUACUGAUGAUGCUCCUAGACGAAUUGUAAGAUCCCGUCGCAAUAUGUUACAUCGAUCAAAUACCAUAUAUAUGUGCCAUAGCAAUAGUAAUACAAAUAGUGUUUUUCCACAUGAAAAUAGUGAACAAAUUCCUCCAAUAGCUACUCCUCUGAUUGAAAUGGGGUUUUCUGUUAGAUUAGUUCAAAGAGCUAUUAAUGCUUUAGGUAUGUAUUCAAAUUUGUUAAUUACAUAUCUUAAUAUUUUUUUCAAAUGGAGUGAUAGUGUUUUUUCGUCCUAGGUAAUACUUGGGAAACAAUGCCUCGAAAUGUAGCUAUAAACAGUUUAGCUACUUGGAUGAUAGAACAUCCAUGCAUACAGGAAACUAAUUUUGAAAGUUCUGACAACAGUAAUCUAGAAGGCGCAGUAUGUUACAUACAAUUUAACUAAUAAAAUUAUUAUAUUUUAAUUUAAAAAACGUAUUUUAGACAUCAGUCAUUCCAGAAGCUAGAACAACCCGAAACACUUUUUUUGGUUCUCAUUUAGAACAUCCUCUUGAUGAUAGUCCAUUAGAUUUAGCUCCUCGAAGAUUAAUAGCUCCUAGAAGACGUCUUAGAGAAUUUGCUGCUGAACAUUAUAGAACUCAAGAAUUACAAGCUAACAAUGAUUUUACUGAAGAUUCUAUUAAUCGAGUAAUGGCUAAUGUAAUGGCAAAUCAACAGCAACCUGAAUCACCUGCAGUAAUUAUAUUUAUUAUUAUUAUUAUUAUUAUUAUUAUUUUUUUUUUUUUUUGGAAAAUUUUGUUUACCUAUCUAAUAUUUUUAAAAAGACUUACUUAUAACUAUAAUUAUUACAGUAAAUUACAAUUAUUGUAAUAUUUCAACCAUGCUUCACUACUGUGACCAUUACUGGUACACACUACGGUGUACCACUAUUUUAAGAAAAUUUGGGACAGUAGGAUACAUAGAGUAAUUUUAUUUAUAACUGUGUAACAAUAAUUAAUUAUUACUUAAAAAAAAACCGAUUAUGAGCUUGUUGAUUAAACAUGUUUUGCCAAGUUGUUAAAAGUUGCAUUAAUUUGCGAAUAAAAAAAAACAAUUGUCUUUGUUUUUAUGUUUCAAAUUGUUUAACAUUUCAAUGAAGCCAAAAGAGCUUCAUCCACAUAACAUUUACCCAAAAUGUUAUGAUUUUUCAAGAUUUUUAUUAAAAUUUGAACUUUAAAUUCUUAAAAAAAAGAAAGAAUAAUGGGUCUAUAAAUUUGUAUUGUGUUAUAACAAUAACUUAUGAAGAUUUUUUUUUUAUCUUUCCUUUGAACAUUUUUGAGAAGCUAAACAAAUUUGAUCACAUAAAAUCAUAAAUAAAAUUUGGAUUUUUGAAAUGGGUAUUAAUGGGUUUUUCACAUUUGUUGAAAAAAUUGAAAACCUAACCUCUCUAAGGUACCUCCCCACACCGAUUUCCUUUCAGAAAAGGUGCUACGCAUUAAAUAGCGGAGCUCGAUCUCUGGUAGAAAAAUUAUCCAUAAACACCUUUCUAAAACCAUCAACUUCAGAGCUCCACUCAUAAUCUAAAACACACAACUAUAACCAUAACAUCCCAUGCUACAUUCAGAAUAUAAAAUAUUUUCUAAUAAUAAUUUAAAACGUAGUAUAACUUAUUAAAAAAAUACAAACAAGUUAUUUUUCUAAUUUUAUAAUCCACAUUUAAAAGCUAUUUUAUUAACCUAAACACCAUUUUAAAAUAGUUAACAAUUAAAUUUUGAAGAUGUUUUAUAUUUCUUUUCAAUUUUUUUACUGUACUGUCUAUGUUUAGUAAUCAAUUUUCAAUAUUGUUUGAUAUAGCUUUUAAAAUGUAUUUACAUUUACAAAGAGUAUGUACCAAGACAAAAAAAACCAUUAUUCUAAAACAAAUAAUACCUUUACUCUCAUUUAUAUGUUUGGAGAUUGAUUUAACAUAAAUUAAGUAGUUGUAUAUUGUUUACAAUAAAAUAUUAUUUUUAUUAAUUUGAUAUUUUAUUUUAACUAAUAAUUUAGGAAACUCCCCCACGUAUACGAUCACCAGGUUUACCUGGUAUACCAACUGCCUUAUUUGAUCCAUUUGUGUCUCAUAUUGAUGGUUUUUUGCCACAAAUAAAUCGCAAUCCUGAUUUUAGUCAUGUUGCUGAAACUAUUGAAAUUAUUGAUUCUGAAACAGAAAGUUCAUCUACACCAGUUCCUGUAACUGUGUCCAGUAAGAGUAGUAUACCAUCAUACAUUUAAAAUACUUAGCUAUACUAAUAAUACAUAUUUUAUUAUUACAGAUACUGGAGCUUCUUGUACACGUUGCCAAGAAAAGAUUGGAAAAUUAAAAAUUCCUGAAUUAAUUAAACCAAAAAAAUCUCUAUUAUCUGAUUCAACUCUAGGUAUUUUUACUUUUGUAAUAUAAAUUCUAGAAAUAAAAUUGACCACAGUUAAUGUUUAAUAAAAAAACUUUGUUAAAAUUGCAUACAAUCAUAUUAUUUUUUUAUUAUCUAUUUUAUGGACAACCAAUGAACCACAAUAGUAAUAUUAAGCAUAGUUGCUUAAUAUUAUGUUGUAUGUUUAGGUAUUAAUACUCUGUGUCAAAUGACAAAGAAUUUAGCUGGUCAAAGUAUAGAAAUUAACCAUAAAUUAAUUUUAGUUAUUUUAUUGUCGUUGGCUACAUUGUUAAUUUAUUAAAAUUACCAUUUUAAUAUAAUUUGAUUUAUAUAAUUGAUGAAUAGGUAAUUUUUAAUAUUUUGAAAUUAGUUUCAAUACUCCUAUAUCUAAAAAGUUCUAGUAAAAGUUAAAAAUAUUAAACUAUACAUUAGAUUUAUGAACAUUAUCAUUUUCUUAUAACAAAAUAUAUGAUGCCAAUUGAAUAUACUUGACUCGGGUCAGAAGCCCAACUAUUAGUUUUAAUUGUAUCUUCUUUUUGAUUUUAGUUUCUAAAUCAAUGGACCAUUAUAACUACAUCAAUAAACCAUUUGAUAUGAAUUUGGUGCAUGAACAGUUAAAUUCAUGUCAUUUUAUAUCGGACAGUGUUGAAGAUAAUACUAUGGACAAACUUGGUAUGGAGACUUGUAAACCUGUUUCUAUUAAUGAGGGCAAUUCUUCAAAUUUGUUCCAACAUUCUGCCAUAUUUAAAUCAUUAUCUUUGGAAGCAGUUCUAAUGACAUCUUCAGAAGAACGAACAAAAGCUAUUAGUAGAGUUUUUUAUACUAUAUCACAUUUAUUAUCUAGAAAUAUUGUCAUAAAAAUCCUAAUGUCACUUACUAAUUGGACACUUGAAGAGCAAACUGAAGAAAAAUUUGUAUGGAAACUAGAUGAGCUUGGUUUUACAAAUGUAUCCAAAAUAGUGCAAUUUAUAAGGCUUAUACUUAUUAUGAAUGUGUGGACUGAACGAGAGUUCAAAGAAAGUGAAAUUGGGGCUAAUUUAUUAGAACAAAAUGUACUAGAAGUCUUAUCACGUACUAUAGUGUCAUUAGCUGAACAUUAUCAACCUGCAUUUAAUUUUGCAAUCUCCAUACCUGUUCAAGUUAGUAUAAUCAAUGUAUAAAUAAAUUUAGGAAAUAUAAAUUAUGGAUAUAGAAUUAUGGGUUUAAUAAAAUAAUUCUUUGGAUCUAAUUUUGGUUUAUUAUUUAAUAGUAAAAUGUAUAAAACUAUUAAUUUGUUUAAAUAUUUAGUUUUAUAAAUAAUUUAUGAAUUUAGAUUUUUAAAAACCUCUUAAUUUAUAGUUGUAAUUCUUGAUUUAUAAUACAUUAAUAAACAAUAUAUAUGUACAUUUUUUUUAAGGAUAUUUUUACUAUUGCAAGUGAAGGAAAUGUCCAUAUGCUGCAUAAUUUAAAAGUUACUAAAUUAAUUGUAAAUGAAUUUGUAAAAAAACUUAAUAUAUUUUCUAAGCAUGGUAAGUUAAAAAAAUACCAGCUUUAAAAAUAAAAUAAAUAAUAUUCAUUAAACUUUUCAGACGAAUCUGGAAUAAUAAGUCCAAAUAAAAAUGACAAUAAUCCUUCUGUUAAAAUGCUCAUUAAUGCAUUGUCUGCUUGUUUAUUGUCACAUUUUGUUAGUAAUGACAUUAAACAUUGGGCUUGUAAACAAUUGGUAAGUUAAUUUGAUUUAGUCAUUUAAGAUGAAAAAUUCAAAUUCUUUGGAUAAUUCAUAUUUUAGAACUUCACCACAUAGUGGUGCAGCUAAAAGAAAAAUGGUUAUUACAAUUAAUAUUAUAGGUAUUUCUUAUUUUUUAAAUAAAAUAUAAACAUCUCUACAGUGUAUAAUUAAUUUAGUAAAGUUUACUGGUUGAACCCUAUUACAAUGUAUUCCUCUUACUUUAAUUUUAUAUUUACUUAACCCAAGUUUUCUGUUAAUCUAUUUCUCACCUUUUAUAUCUCCAUAACCACCAUCAAAGUAUACAUCAAUAAGAAUAAUUAACUAAAAAUAUUAAAAUUGAGUAUUCCAAUAAAUAUUAAACCAUUCUGGAAUUACGUAAUACUCUAAAGAAAAGGGAAAAUAAUGUUUUAGACUAUAUGAAAUAUAACAAUGUAACACCCACAAACAUCUCUAAUAUGGUCAACUUAAUUGCUGAUUAUUUUUUCAGUGUCGACAAAUAAAUCAUUGAACGCUAAUAAUGCUUUUUCAUUACCUUCUCUUGCUUCAAAUAAUAAUCAUAUUAACCUAACCUAACCUAACCUAACCUAACGCUCUUAGUCUAUUGAUCCUAAUGGAAUUUUUGAUUAUUUAAUAAUCUAAAUUCUUUAGAUUCACAGUUAGGGACUGGACUUAAUCAUAUAUCAUCAGUGUUUUUUAAAAUAUUGUAGUUCAGCGCUUUUAAAAUCAUUUCAUUUUAUUUUCAAUAAACCUUUAAGUCUAUGUUAUUUUCCGGGUUUUUCAGAAAAAUCUUUUGUCACUUUAAUUCAUAAGACAGAGGAUAAACAUAAUGUUAUUAAUUUCAGACUGAUUUCUAAAAUGUCUAUUAUACCUAAAAUAUUUAAAGCUAUAAUAACUAAAAAAUUGUCUAUAAUUGUUUUCCUGUAAUUUGAACAAUUACUGAAAACUAAUAUUAUCAUUCAUAUUUACUAUAUUUUAUAAAAGGGUCUUAAUAAAAUAAUAAAGUAAAAACAAAAUUAUUAAAAUGGUUAAUACUUGUAAAUAAAUAUAGUAAAUAAGUAUGUAAAUAAAAAAUAAAUAAAACUAAUGAAUAGAGUAUUAUAAGUGUAUCAUAAUAGGGGUUUACCCAUUUACUAUGGAUAAUUAAGUAUAAAUUAUCUGACUAUCUGUCUGCCUACUUUAAAAAUUCCAGAUCUCUACACUUCAUAGAUUUUAACUUUACAUUACAUCCACACAAAAACAAUUCCUUUUAUUAUAUUAAAUGAUGAUAAUAAGUUUGAUUUAUAUCCUAGAAUAUAAAAAUAAUCAGUUAAAUUCUUUAACCACAUUAUUUUAAAAACUUAAAUUGUAAUUGAUCCAAAUUUUUUUUUAAAUAUUUAUAUAAAUAGUUUAAAAAUAUUUUGUAUAAAAGUAAUUUAAAAAAUAUAAAAAUAUAAAAUGUACAAAAAUAAAAAAUAUACAUUUAUUAUUCUAGUUUUAAUAAUAAAGUUUAGUAUGGUUUAAUAUAGUUUAAAUAACAAAAUCUUAGAAGAUAAAAUUUUAUAAAUGAUCAUUAAUACUUAAUAUUAUUAGUUAUUACAAGAUUAAUGACCAAGGUUUAAUUUUUUACAUUAGGUAAAUAUAUUAGUUAAUAAAUCUUUACACAAAAAACAAUUUGUUUUAUCAAAUGAAUCUGAUUUUCCUGGUGCUCUAAAACGAUGUCCAAUAGUAAAAUUGGAGGGACAUGAUAACCGGAUAAAUCAUGUAGUAUGGCAACCACAAGUCAAAUCACUUGCAUCUUCGUAUGUAAUUUGUUUUUAUAAAAAUUGACAUAUUUAUAUUGAUAAUUAAAAAUUAUUAUUGCAUAGUGGAUUUGAUGGAACAAUGCGAUUAUGGAAUGCUGAAUUAAGUUUAGAGACAACAUUAGUGUUUUUUAAAUCAUCACAGAUAUAUGGUAAUGAUUUAAACGGUGAAUUAAUAUCAAAAUUAGCAUGGUCUCCGUCUGGAUUAUGUAUUGCUGCAACAAUGGAAGGAACUUUUAAUAUAUACACAAUUAAAAGACGUUUGUAUUUUUAUUUGAAUUAUAUUAUAUUAUUUUAUUAAUUAAUAUUAAUGUUAUUUAAUUUAUGUAUAGACGUUUUUCAAGAAGAUGAAACUUGUUUAUCAACACAUACUCAAGAUGCUUGGAUAACAGCUUUAGCUUGGUCUGGAGCAACAACCAAAAAUGCCUAUGAUUUUUAUUCACAGUAUUUAUUAGUUGGAGGUGUUGAUGGUUCUGUGAACAUUGCUAUUGUUGAUUCGCUUGAUAAAAUAACUCAUGAUAAACUUAAUGAUUUUUGUUGUCCUGGAGGUUUGUUUAUUUUUUAAUAACAUAUUACAUACAUUUAUCUUAUUUAAUAAAUUACAUAUAUCUAAAAUGAAUGUUCAAAUGACAUUGGUAAAUUAAUUAAAUAAUUUUUAUAUAAUGAAAUAAUACAAUAUUAUACUAUUUUAUAAUAUAAGACACCAUUUUAAAAUAUAAUUUUUUUAAAUAUAGUUCCAGUUUCUCAUAUAGCAUGGCAUGAUGAUUUAGUUCCUUUUGCCAUAGCAUUUUCAUCUGGUGCCAUUACAAUUGGUGAAAUUCAAACAAUUACCAAACCAGAAAAGUUAACAAUUUGUCAAGUAAAUCAAUUUACACACAAAAUAUAUUUUAAACUAAUUUAUAAUACAAUAUUUUUAGAGUGCUAUAUCGACAUUACAAUGGUCUAAAGUUUUUGAAAUUUUAUCUGUAAGCAAUGUAGAAGAUACAACUGUUCGACUUUGGAUUAAAAAACAAAAUCAUUGGGAAGUAUUUCAUGAAUUAAAUCAUUUAAAUGAGCCUACUUGUGUGGUUUGGUCCCCUGUUGUAGGUAAUUACUAAAGUGACAAUUAAAAACCUUUAGUAUUGCAUUCAUUUUAUGAACUAUUCAAUUUACAAUAUUUAAUUUUUUUGUUUUUUAUUAUGUAUAUAUUUAUUUAGGUAAUAAAGGUUUAUUACUUUGUGUCGGCACUGUAGUUGGAUCCAUAAAUGUUUGGUUAAUUCCUACUCCAUUUUCUAAAUUAAAACCCAAAGUACUUUACUCAUUCCAAGGACACUUGUUCAAUUCAGUUACUUCAAUGAGUAUUCAUGAUAGUGGUUUAGUACUUGCCUCAGGUUGUAGUAAAGGAACCAGUGGUGUUGUAAAUAUUUGGUCACUGUUUGAUGGUAGUUUAUUAAAUACACAUACUGGUUCUGGUGGUGUAGAUGAUUUAUGCUGGAUGGAAGAUCAACUUGGACUAGCUGUUUGUUUUGCUCGAUCAAAGGUAAUGACUAGUUUUUAAUACUUUACAAACAAAUUGUAUUGAUAUUUAUUUUAGGAUGUAACAGUUAUUCAAUUUAGUGCUGAUAAUCUUAUGCAUAAUCGUUUUGAAUCAAAUGCUCGAAGUGCUUUAUACAGACGUGGACUUCAUAAUGUUCAGUAUUUCCGCAAAUUUGUAAACUCAUUACCUGAAUUAUUACAAAUGCAAAUGAACCAUGAGAAACACAAAGUGUUAAUGGGUGAUCGCCUUCUGUAUAGUGAUUAUUUAAAAGGACUUAUUGGUAUUGCACUUGAGAUUUGGCCUGAUCAAACCUUUUGUUUUCCAUUUGUGCCUCCGAAUUGUAGUCAUAGCAUUGAGUUUUGUACGUAAUUGUUUACUAUAAAUUUAUAUCUAAUUAUAUAAAUGGCAAUAAAAUAUUUUUAUAAUAGAUGAAGAAUGGCAGUGGUUACAAAGAUUAAUUACAGUUUUGAAUACAGCUAAAGCCUUAAUAACAAGAAAACCUUUUCCUGAUACUUUUAUAAGUUACUUUUCGUCUGGUUUGAAUGGUAUAAUAUUUAAAUUUUAAGUUAUUAUAAUUAUUGUAUUUUUAUUUCAAAUUUUAAUCAAAAUAUUAACUGCUUGUUUAGAAAAUAAUGUAGAUCAUUAUCUAUGGGCUGAAGCAAUAAAUAACAAUAAUUGGACUAUAGAAUCUGAUCAACAAAUUGUUCAAUGGUUUAAUACAGCUCCUUAUGAUUGGCAACCAUAUACUAUAUGUGAUGCAUAUCUAUGGGGCAAUGGUCGAAAUGGACAAUUAGGAGAUACCGGUAUGUGUAAUAGAUAAGAUUAGUUUUUAAUAAAAAAUAUAAUUAAUAAUUCCUAGUUUUUUUAUUUUUUUAGCUGUUGGUCAAUGUUUAUGGUCACCAGUUAAAAUUCUCAAUUUUAAAUUAGCUCAACGCAUUAUUUGUGGGCAAAACUGUACAUUUGUUUUGACUAGUCAAGGAACAGUAUUAUCAUGUGGUGAAGGAAAUUAUGGCCGCCUUGGUCAUGGACAUUCAGACAGUCUACCUAAUCUUACCAUAAUAGCUGCCUUACAAGGAUUUGUUAUAACUCAAUUAGCUACAUCUAUUGGUUCCGAUGGACAUAGUUUGGCUUUAACAGAAACAGGGGAAGUAUUUUCUUGGGGCGAUGGUGAUUUUGGCAAACUAGGGCAUGGUAACAAUGAACGCCAAAGAAAACCAAAACUAAUUGAAUCUCUAUAUGAUGUAGUAGUUAUUCAAGUAGCUUGUGGGCAUAAACAUAGUGCUGUUUUAUCUCAGGAUGGUGAAGUAUAUGUAUUUGGAAGUGCAGAACAUGGUAAAUUAGGCAUAGAUGGGCAUACAAACAAAAAACGACCAAUAAAAAUCAUUCAUAAAGGCUUCUUAAAUGUAAAACAUAUUGCAUGUGGUCAAAAUCAUACUGUGUGCGUUGGGGAAAAUGUUGUUUGGGCGUUUGGAGAAGGAGAAGGUGGUAAAUUAGGAAUUGGGAGUAAACAAGAUAGCUACAUCCCACAGGUAAGCAAUUAUUAUAAAAAAUUAUUUAAUUUUGUUUGUAUAGAUAGAAGUAGAAGUAAUAAUUAAUUAAUUUAAAAUUGUUUUGAUAUUUCUUUAAUAGCCAAUAAUUACACUAACUGGAAAAAAUAUCAAAAAAGCAUACUGUGGAAAUCGGUUUACGAUGUUCCUUUCAGAUGACGGUGAGCUUUAUUCAUGUGGAUUAGACAAUUUACAAGAUACAUCAGAUGAUUCAUGUGCUGAAAAAUUGUACCCUGAAAAAGUAAAUAAAUUAUUUAUUACUUAAACUAUUUAUUUAAAUUAAUUUGUAUGCUUGUAGGUACCUGAAUUCCAAAAUCUAACUGUUACUGAUGUAGCUACAGGUCCAGAUCAUGUAAUAGUAUUGACUUCUCGUGGUGAUGUAUGGGCUUGGGGUAAUAACUGUGAAGGUAUUCUUGGAUUUGGCCACAAUUCACCCAUCCAAAAUCCUUCAAUAAUUCCAAAUUUAUCAAACAAAAAUAUUAAACAAGUAAAAUCAAUAAUAUAUUUUUUUUGAAAAAGUAAAUUUUGGUUUUGAUUUUUAAUCAAUAGUAAAUAUUUAUUUUUAGAUUUCAACUAGCCGAACUCAUUGUGCUGCAUGGACAGCAGAACCAUUUUCUAGGGAUUCUAAUAACAUUUCCCAUGAUGAUUUACCUGAAUCCAUUCCUUAUCAAUAUGGGUAUUUACAAGAACAUAAAAUUGCAUCAAUUGCUGCUAGAAUGAAAUGUUUACAACAGUUCUCAAAUAUUUUAUAUUCAUGUUGGCAAAUGAUACCAUUUAGUAAUAAUGUAAGUCCAAGGAUUUGAAUUAGGAAUUAAUAAUAAAGUAAAAAUAAUUUGUGUUGUAACUUAUGUAGGACUUUGAUUGGAGUAAUAUUAAACGUUGGCAUUGGUUAGCAGAUAAAAGGCUUAAAUACUUAUUUACAAAUAAAGUGAUUAAGUUACCAUUAAUGAAAGUCAUUAGUCGUACAAUGAAUCAAGGUCAAAAUUAUGGUCCUCAAAUAAUUGUUAAACGUUUGAGUAGUAAUGGUACUAAUUUAUCUAUAUUUGAACAAGUUGCCAAACAAAUUGUUAAUAUUAAUGCAGAACUACUCAGAUUACCAUCUAGAGCAUGGAAGGUAAUGUGAUUUAAAAUUUUUUUUGUUUUUUGUAUUCAGUGCCUAUAGGCUUGCAUUGAAGGGGUUUAAUUGCCCCGCCCCAAGCUUUAAAAAAGCUAAUAAAAACGUCAUUAUAAACAUUUAAAAAAGAAAAAAAGACAUUCUAGGAUAAUGGAGACAGGUGAAGCCACUGUUUUUUAGAUAAUUUAAUGUAUACCUGUAAGCAAUGAUAAAGCAUUGCUUACAAUAAAACUAUUCUGAGCAGAGUUCAAUUGAUAGUAAUGCUUUUUUAAUAUUAUAUAUGCCAUAUUAUAGUAAAAUAAUUAAGUAGACCCUAUAUAUUUUCUUUAAUAAUAUUUGUUAAUGUUGUACCAACAUUUUCACAGUUUCCCUACUUUUUUCCUGGUUUUCACAUGUUUUUUCUAGGUUCUUCAUAUUUGUUGGAAAAUCAAAAAAUGACCUCUUUAAAGUACCUCUCUAGCGAAAUAUUCUUUUAGAAACGUUGCUAUCAUUAUAAGUUGGACCAAAAUUGCUGGUUAGAAAAGUUGUACAUAGGGAAAAAAAGGCUGUAAUAUAUUUUAAUUUAUACAGGGAAUAAUUUAUAAAUCAGUAGUACUUUACUUUCAAUUAAAUCUCAUGUUAAUAAUUAUUUAUAAUAAUCAUAUCCUUUUUUAACAUUAUUUGCUAUAGGUAAAAUUGGUAGGAGAAGGGGCAGAUGAUGCGGGAGGUGUGUUUGAUGACACUAUUGCUCAAAUGAUGGAAGAGCUUCAAACACAGACAGUAAAAUUACUUAUUUUGACCCCAAAUGGACGAAAUGAAUCUGGUUAUAAUCAAGAUCGAUAUUUAUUUAAUUCAAAAAUGAAUAGUUAUAAACAUAUUCUACAAUUUCAAUUUCUUGGUACGUGUGUUAUUAUAAUUGUAUAAAUCACUAUGGUUUUUUUGAUUACUUGAUUCAAUUUUCAGGCAUGCUUUUUGGUGUUGCUAUUAGAACUAAAAAACCCUUAGCUCUUCCUUUAUCACCCCUUAUUUGGAAAAUGAUUAUUGGAGAACCAUUAAACAUAUCUGAUUUAGAAGAAAAUGAUACUUACUAUGCACAAAACCUGACAAGUAUACAAAAUAUACAUCAAACUGGAGUAACAGAAGAUAAUUUUGCAGAAGUAAUUUGAAUUUAACAAGUUAGACUUUAUAUUUCAUUUAUAUAUUUAUACAUUUUGAUAGGUACUUCCAUUUUUAUACAUGACUGGUUCUGAUUGGACAGACAGCAUUGUACCUUUAAUUCCAAAUGGUCAUUAUGUACCAGUUACAUACUCCAAUAGAUUAAAAUUUUGUGAAUUAGCAUUAAAACAAAGAUUUCAUGAAAUGGAUGAACAAAUAUAUGCCGUGCGAAGGGGUCUUGCUUCAUUAGUACCUUUCCCAUUACUUACGUUCCAAACUGCAGAAAAUUUAGAGCGUAUGAUUUGUGGAUUACCUAAUAUUUCCAUACCAAUAUUGAAAACAAUUGUUAGGUAAAAUCAUAUACUUAAUGUAUUAACUGUUUAGAGUUUGCUUUAAAAUAUAAAUAUAAUAUUUUUAGAUAUAGAGAAAUGGAUGAAAAUUCUCAAAUUGUUCAAUGGUUAUGGGAUAUUUUGAAUGGCUUUUCAGAUUCUGAAAAAGUGCUAUUUUUACGAUUUGUUUGUGGACGAUCUCGUCUUCCAUCUAAUUUAUCUGAUUUCUCUCAACAUUUUCAAGUAAAAUAUUUAAUUUUUUUAAAUUCUAAUUUGAUUAUGGUUUAUUAAAUUGUGUAUUAGUUCUAGUCAUUAGGCAUCUAACUAUAUGCAUAUGUAUAUGCAGUGUUGGGAUGUAAUGCGUUCCUUUUCAAAUAUAGGAACAAGGAACGGAAAUGAGUUCCUAUUUAUAUAGAAUGUGAACGUAUAUUUCUGUUCUUUCUAUUAAGAAAAAAAAAUAAAACACUCAUUUUUUUAAUGAUAAUAUUGUUUAGAAAUUGUUUACUGUUUAGUGUUUGGUAUCACUUUGUCAGUUACUAAUUUAGUUAUAUAUACCGUUAAAUCAUAUACUAAUAUAUGAUAGUAUAAAACUGUAAUAUAAACGGUAUCUCGGUGAUAAUGGUUUAAAAUGGUAACAAACUUGUUUGAUAACGAUAAACGUCAAUUUACAAGUAAUUUUCAUUAGUAUUUUCAAGUAGUAUGUUUUUUCAUUUUUCAUUUUUUAAACUAGGAAACUAAUUUUAUUUGAUUUAUUAGAAUUUUAAAAAUGUAGAUUCUAAGAAGUAAAAAUAAUUUCCAAUUUUAGUUAUCCUAUCUUCCCAACUUUUCACCCACAACAAUAGCUGCACCUAUCUUUUUUAUGAGUAUGCAAUAUGCGUAUUGAAAAAAAAAAAAAAUGCUUAAAGGAACGAGUUUCUUUUUUGUAGUAGGAAAGGGAACAUAUUUUUUUUCCCAACAUUGUAUAUGUUAUGGAUACAGUGUUUUACAGAUGUAUAUGUUAUUUAAAUGUAUACCUUUUAGUUUGCAAUUGAUUUAAACUUUUUAAAUAAUAGUGAACAUUAAUUAGUUUUAAACUAAAUAUUGUUAUAAAUCUAGAACACUAAAUUCAUCAUAUAACAUUAUUGUAUGUUAUAAUUUUUAAUCAAUUUCAUUUUUAUGUAUUUUAUAGAUUAUUAAAGUUGAAGAUAAAAUAGAUGGUUUACCUACAGCUCAAACAUGUUUUUUCCAACUGCGAUUAACAGAUUACAGUAGCCGCGCAGUAUUUGAAGAAAAACUCAAAUACGCUAUUAACAAUUGUCGUACAAUAGAUAUGGAUAAUUAUAUGUUGUUUAGAAAUACUGAUUUUGACUCUGAUGAUGAUAUAGAUAUGAUUGUUGAUAGUUAGAUAGCCUUUAAAAUAUUAUAAAGCCCUAGUAAUUAUGUACCUAUUUUAUUGCGUUUAUAAUAAUACAUUUUUUGCAUAUAAUGUAGGUAUUAUUAUUCAUGUACAUGUAAAAAUAUAUUGUUUAUUGUUAUUAAAGUAGUCAUAAUUUAAAUUAUACUAUUAAUGAUUUUGUAUUUAAAAUGUGUAAAUUUGAAGAAAUUGGGGCUAUGAUUAAGAUAAGUCACACUGGAAUCAUUAAAAAAGAGAUCAUUAGUGCAUUGUGGAUUACUAUAUCAUUCUCAACAUAAUUAAAAUAAUUUUUCAUAAUCAUUAAAAUUUAAUAAUUUUAAUAGACUUGAGAAAUACAUAAAGAUAAUAUACAGUGUUCAUAACCUGUAUACAGAUAUAAAUUGUAUUGUAUUUAUUAUAGAAAAAGUUUUACCGCAACAUGCUAAUUUUUUUCAAAGAAAACACGACAGUAAUUAUGAACAAUAAUAAAUUUCUUCAGACUACUUUUUAGAUAGAUUAUAGUGAUUUAGAGGUAACUUUUAAAAAUUUGUGUUGUCAUAUUAUUUAUAAAAAUAAAAACCUGAUUAAAUAUAGUUUUACAUUAUUGAAAUACUACUUCAUAAUCAUGAUGUAAUGAGUCAUUCAGCAAUAAAGAAAUUCUUGAUCUGAUGGGAAUAAUGUACUAAUGAGCUAUGCGUAAUAAGCUGUUUUAAUAAUAAUAUCUUAGUUAUAAAUUAUUUGGUUUUAUAC